AGACGUGCCAGCGAGUAGCGGAAGUGGAGGAGGGCACGUGGGGCGCUCUACGGUGGCCGAAAGGAUGCCGCAGAUGUGUUAGCAACGAGUCAAGGAGCACCCUCGGGUGGUGUGCGAAGGGUCGCGUUUCUAGUCAACCUCCACGAGUCUCUAGGAGGGAGCCCCAGCAGCCGUCACCAUGGUGAAGGAGCAGUUCCGGGAGACGGAUGUGGCCAAGAAAAUAAGCCACAUCUGUUUUGGGAUGAAGUCAGCUGAGGAGAUGCGCCAGCAGGCACACAUCCAGGUUGUGAGUAAGAACCUGUACAGCCAGGACAACAACCAUGCCCCAUUGCUGUACGGGGUGCUUGACCACAGAAUGGGUACGAGUGAGAAGGACCGUCCUUGUGAAACCUGUGGGAAGAACUUGGCUGACUGUCUGGGCCACUAUGGUUACAUUGAUUUGGAAUUGCCGUGUUUUCAUGUGGGGUACUUCCGAGCAGUUAUAGGCAUCUUACAGAUGAUCUGUAAAACCUGCUGCCACAUCAUGCUGUCCCAGGAGGAGAAGAAGCAGUUUCUGGAUUAUCUAAAGAGGCCUGGCCUGACCUACCUCCAGAAGCGAGGGCUGAAGAAGAAAAUCUCUGAUAAGUGCCGGAAGAAGAGCACAUGCCAUCACUGUGGCGCCUUUAACGGUACUGUAAAGAAAUGUGGGCUACUGAAGAUAAUUCACGAGAAAUACAAGACUAACAAGAAAGUGGUGGAUCCGAUCGUGUCAAAUUUCCUUCAGUCUUUUGAAACUGCCAUCGAGCAUAACAAAGAAGUCGAGCCUCUGCUGGGCAGGGCGCAGGAAAACUUGAAUCCCUUAGUAGUUCUGAAUUUAUUUAAACGAAUCCCAGCUGAAGAUGUCCCUUUACUUCUGAUGAAUCCAGAAGCUGGAAAGCCCUCAGAUUUGAUUCUCACACGGCUUUUAGUGCCCCCUCUGUGCAUCAGACCCUCUGUUGUGAGUGAUUUGAAGUCUGGCACCAAUGAAGAUGAUCUGACGAUGAAAUUGACAGAAAUCAUCUUUCUAAAUGAUGUCAUUAAAAAGCAUCGGAUAUCAGGAGCUAAGACCCAGAUGAUCAUGGAAGACUGGGAUUUCCUGCAGCUGCAGUGUGCCCUUUACAUUAACAGUGAGCUCUCGGGCAUUCCCCUCAACAUGGCGCCCAAGAAAUGGACCAGAGGCUUUGUCCAGCGCCUGAAGGGAAAACAAGGUCGAUUUAGAGGCAAUCUCUCAGGAAAGAGAGUGGAUUUUUCUGGCAGAACAGUCAUCUCACCUGACCCCAACCUCCGAAUUGAUGAGGUAGCUGUGCCAGUUCACGUGGCCAAAAUUCUAACUUUUCCUGAGAAGGUGAACAAAGCAAACAUCAACUUUUUGAGGAAACUGGUUCGAAAUGGCCCUGAAGUUCACCCAGGAGCCAAUUUCAUUCAGCAGAGACACACACACAUGAAAAGGUUUUUGAAAUACGGAAACAGGGAAAAGAUGGCUCAGGAGCUCAAGUACGGGGACAUCGUGGAGAGACACCUGAUAGAUGGAGAUGUGGUCCUGUUCAAUCGGCAGCCCUCGCUGCACAAACUGAGCAUCAUGGCACAUCUGGCCAGGGUCAAGCCCCACCGGACCUUCAGAUUUAACGAAUGUGUCUGUACACCCUACAAUGCAGAUUUUGAUGGUGACGAAAUGAACCUUCAUCUUCCUCAAACAGAGGAAGCUAAAGCGGAGGCCCUUGUUCUGAUGGGGACUAAAGCAAAUCUUGUCACCCCAAGGAACGGAGAACCACUAAUUGCUGCUAUUCAGGAUUUUCUGACAGGUGCCUAUCUCCUCACUCUUAAGGACACUUUCUUUGACCGAGCCAAGGCUUGCCAAAUCAUCGCUUCAAUAUUGGUGGGCAAGGAUGAGAAAAUUAAAGUCCGCCUCCCGCCCCCUACAAUAUUAAAGCCUGUCACCUUGUGGACGGGAAAGCAGAUCUUCAGUGUCAUCCUCAGACCCAGCGAUGACAAUCCAGUGAGAGCCAACCUCCGAACCAAGGGCAAGCAGUACUGUGGCAAAGGAGAAGAUCUCUGUGUCAAUGAUUCCUACGUUACCAUCCAGAACAGCGAGUUGAUGAGUGGCAGCAUGGACAAAGGAACCCUGGGAUCAGGAUCCAAGAACAAUAUUUUUUAUAUUUUGCUACGAGACUGGGGGCAGAACGAAGCUGCCGAUGCAAUGUCACGGCUUGCCAGGCUGGCUCCCGUCUACCUCUCUAACCGUGGGUUCUCAAUUGGAAUUGGUGACGUCACGCCUGGCCAGGGACUGCUGAAGGCGAAGUACGAGCUGCUGAACGCUGGCUAUAAAAAAUGUGAUGAGUACAUCGAAGCCCUGAACACGGGCAAGCUGCAGCAGCAGCCAGGCUGCACUGCUGAGGAGACCCUAGAGGCUUUGAUCCUGAAGGAGCUGUCUGUGAUCCGAGACCACGCCGGCAGCGCCUGCCUCCGGGAGCUGGAUAAGAGCAACAGCCCCCUCACCAUGGCUCUGUGCGGCUCCAAAGGUUCCUUUAUUAACAUAUCACAGAUGAUUGCCUGUGUGGGACAGCAAGCCAUCAGUGGCUCCCGAGUGCCAGAUGGCUUUGAAAACAGGUCCUUGCCUCACUUUGAAAAGCACUCAAAGCUACCAGCCGCCAAAGGCUUUGUGGCUAAUAGCUUCUAUUCCGGUUUGACACCAACCGAGUUUUUCUUUCACACGAUGGCUGGCCGGGAAGGUCUGGUCGACACAGCCGUGAAGACUGCUGAAACAGGAUACAUGCAGAGAAGGCUCGUGAAGUCCCUUGAAGAUCUUUGCUCGCAGUAUGAUUUGACAGUCCGAAGCUCUACAGGCGAUAUCAUCCAGUUCAUUUAUGGGGGAGAUGGCUUAGAUCCUGCAGCAAUGGAGGGGAAAGAUGAACCCUUAGAGUUCAAAAGGGUUCUGGACAACAUCAAAGCAGUCUUCCCGUGCCAGAGCGAGCCUGCUCUCAGUAAGAACGAACUGCUCCUGACCGCCGAGUCGAUCAUGAAGAAGAACGAGUUUCUCUGCUGCCAGGACAUCUUCCUGCAGGAAAUUAAAAAAUUCAUUAAGGGGGUUUCUGAGAAGAUCAAGAAGACCAGAGAUAAAUACGGCAUCAAUGAUAACGGCACCACAGAGCCCCGUGUGCUAUACCAGUUGGACCGGAUCACCCCCACCCAGAUUGAAAAGUUUCUGGAGACGUGUAGGGACAAGUACAUGAGGGCACAGAUGGAGCCAGGUUCUGCUGUGGGCGCACUCUGUGCCCAGAGCAUCGGCGAGCCAGGCACCCAGAUGACCCUGAAGACUUUCCACUUUGCGGGAGUGGCCUCCAUGAACAUCACCCUGGGCGUGCCCCGCAUCAAGGAGAUCAUCAACGCGUCCAAGGCCAUCAGCACCCCCAUCAUCACGGCGCAGCUGGACAAGGACGACGACGCGGACUACGCUCGCCUUGUGAAGGGGAGGAUUGAGAAAACCCUCCUGGGAGAGAUUUCAGAGUACAUUGAAGAAGUGUUCCUUCCUGACGAUUGCUUUAUUCUCAUCAAACUCUCCCUGGAACGGAUCAGACUUCUGAGGCUGGAGGUGAACGCCGAGACGGUGAGGUAUUCCAUCUGCACGUCCAAGCUCCGCGUGAAGCCUGGUGACGUGGCGGUUCAUGGCGAGGCUGUGGUGUGUGUCACCCCCCGAGAGAACAGCAAGAGCUCCAUGUACUACGUGCUGCAGUUUCUGAAAGAGGAUCUCCCCAAGGUGGUGGUGCAGGGCAUCCCGGAGGUGUCCCGGGCUGUCAUCCACAUCGACGAGCAGAGCGGAAAGGAGAAGUACAAGCUCCUGGUGGAGGGUGAUAACCUGCGGGCAGUCAUGGCCACCCAUGGUGUGAAGGGCACCCGAACCACCUCCAACAACACGUACGAGGUGGAGAAAACCCUGGGCAUCGAAGCUGCCCGGACAACUAUCAUCAACGAAAUCCAGUACACAAUGGUCAACCAUGGCAUGAGCAUUGACCGGCGACACGUGAUGCUGCUUUCCGACCUCAUGACCUACAAGGGUGAAGUCCUGGGCAUCACUAGGUUCGGCCUGGCCAAGAUGAAGGAGAGCGUGCUGAUGCUGGCCUCUUUUGAGAAGACGGCCGACCACCUCUUCGACGCCGCCUACUUCGGGCAGAAGGACUCCGUGUGCGGGGUGUCUGAAUGCAUCAUCAUGGGAAUCCCCAUGAACAUUGGAACCGGGCUCUUUAAGCUGCUGCACAAGGCCGACAGGGAUCCCAGCCCUCCCAGGAGGCCCCUGAUCUUCGACACAAAUGAAUUCCACAUUCCCCUCGUCACAUAGUCCAGAGAGAGGGAACCAUUCCUGACCUUGGCUCCUUGUCCUGUCUAGAAAGGGGCUCGAGGCCAGAGCUGACUCGUAAACUUUGUGCUCCCCAAGACUAAGGCCUUGCUGACCCCACUGUGCCACAGUCAGAGAAGGCCCCUGGCGACCCUGGGAGCAGCUCACCCAGGGACCCUGACCACAGCACAGUGCCUGGUUGGGAGAACCAGAGUUUGUCUGUUUGUUUGAAACUUAAUCUACCAGCAGCUCAGCACCUCCUGCCCACUCCACCUCCCUGGACUUGUGAGGAGGCCCAGCGGGCAUCUUUGCUCAUUCCCACCUCAGCUGUCCAUCGGCUCGCAGGGCUGUUCCACCCUGACCAAGAACCAGGUCUAAGCUCCAGGGCACAUUCUGGGUUCUUCCAUUCUUCGGUCAUGCUGGAAUCUCUCACCAUGAUAUACUAAUGUAAAUAUUGUUACUAUUAUUUAUUUGUUCAGUUUGAAGAAUUUGCAGUUUUUAUUGUUAUUUUGUUUUUACUUUUGAAACCAAGAAACUACAGAAACCAAGAAAGCCAGCUUUGAAGCAUCACUGGAAAAAUUGGUUAAGCAAAUGGGACUGUCUGGAACUUGUAACUGAGCUGAAACUGUCAGGAGGCCAAGCUGCUCUGAACAUCUUUUGCAGACUCCCCAGCCAUCUCUUUUUUUGUCUACCUCCAACCCUCUGGGUGGAGGGCUUGACCUUAUGACAAGAGUCAAACUCAUUCUUCGUGGCCUGUAGAAGCCUCCCCAGAGUUUGGGGUCCACUGAGGUGGGGACUGAUGGUGUACGUGGGGAGGAGGACUGAGGCUGGUCCGGGCCCCAUGCCCUGCCUGGGUGGCAUCCACACUCUCCUGAGGUUUCUGCGUGUGUGGCGUGUGCUCGCCUCCUGCAGCUGAAGAGCGGGAGGGGCAGGUGCAGAACUGGGGGCCUAGAAGGUGUCCCAGGGGCAGUGGGGGGAGAGGGCCCUCCUGGGUGCAGGCAGGCACAGCCAUCAGGGGUGAAGUAGCCACCCAGACGAGAAGGUGGAGGUCUGCACUGGGGGUGGGCAUCAGCUGGAGCAGGGUAUGUGCCCUGGGUGGCAACAGCAGGCUCCUCGAACAGCAAGUCUGUGAAAAUGGAAUGCGCACAUUAGGCAGUGAGGAGAGAACCAGCAGGUAUCCGAGGAAGACCCGCAUUUAACUGCCUUGGGCUUCUGCCGCUGACUGUGCCAUCGCUGACGGGGUUUUCAAUGCUUAAGAGAGAGUUUUGUGCAACCUAGGAAAGAAAUGGAUGUAGCUUGUCUUCUAGAGAGCAGAGGGCUUUGCUUCUAGAGACUGAGGGUCUGUGUGCCAAAUUUGCUCCUUAGGACUGGCCCAGGGCCACGGAGAAGAAACUGCGGUGGCUGUAGCUCUGCUCCCUCUGGAGAAAGUUCCGAGGAGCCUGUCCUGCCCAGAGCCGAAACUCAUUGUUCUGGCUCGGCCUUCCUCCCCAGGGGGCCUUGGGAAACCAAGGCUACUUGGUUGGAUGUGAGAUGAUAGUGAAAACUGGGGCUCUGACCCCACUUUCUGGCUCCAGAAGGAAGGUCUACUUCUGAAAUGACAGCUGGUUUAUCUUAGUGUAUUCAAGCCACUAGAAGAAACAACAGCCCAAACCCAAAAUGUGCAUUUAUUCUUGAGCACAAAAGCGGUUUGGAUAAUUAAAGAGGUGGAUGUGGUAAAAGAAAAAGUAGGGCAGCUGAAGGAAUUGAAGUAGCGUUUUAUAGGAUUUUGCUUACACUCUUUGACCAUUCCCUAUGAAUUAAUGCUGCUGUGGCACUUAAUGUAACCCUUGGUUCUUGGGUCUGUGUUUAGAAGGAGUGCUUUCUCUGAGCCAUACUGAUGGGAUUCUGAAUUAGGAAAUCAUAACCUGACUUACUGGUCAAUGCUCAGGUUUAAAAUUCUAGUAAAAUUAAUUUACUAUAGUUAUUAAUUUACUAUUAAUAGUCUUCCUGCACCUGUUAGGUUGAUCCACCUUGCCAUUUUUCACAUUCAGCACCCCCUGUGCAGACCUCCUCCACCUUUGGACUGAAUUAGUCCUGGUUUAAGACAAAGGAUUGAGUCCGUUAACACACUUCAGAGUUGACUCUUGAAGCCUUACCAGGGAUUCUGCUAAUCUCACACAACCUGCCAAGAGCCACAGAGCCACACUGCAGGCUCCCUGGGAAGUAAGCCUCAGGCCUGAUCAGAUCCAGGACUGCUGGGCCAGGGAGGGUAGAACUGGAUGGUGGGAGGAAACACUGGUGGUCACCUCGCUCCGUGUGGAACACAGACAAGAAGUGGAGGGAGAGACAGUGGCUGCGCUGUGCUGCUGUGAGUAACAAAGGUGGCAGCCCCAGGAGCCCCACCCUGCCUGUACAACACUCCCUGACGAGCAGGCCUAUGGGAGACAGGAGACUGAGAUGGGUGCAGGCCCAGGGUUCAGACCAGCAUGUGGUUCGGGAAGGGGCGCAUCCCCAGUGAGGAGUGGGCUGUCCUCGUGGUACUGCCAGCCCUGCUGGGCCUGUAGGCAGCGUUGGCCCCUGAACCCUACUCCAGGUUCCCCACUGUGCGACGCGUGGGUGGGUGUUAAAAUUCUCCCUAAUGUGAUCAUUUGUCCUCCCUGGCCUCAGGCUUUGUGCAAACACAGAACUCAAACACCAGAUCGCAGUGUAUUCUCAAGAGCAAGCUCAAUAGGUUAGGAUUUUAUUAUGGCCCGUUUGGAAGAAACAAGAAAAAUACUUUUAAAUUCUGUCUUCUCCAUUAACAGAUACAUAUUUCUUUUUUUUUUCCUUUGUUUUAUGAGAGGGGGAUAAUUAGGUUUAUUUCUUUAUAUUUGGAGGAGGCACUGGGGAUUGAACCCAGACCUCGUGCAUGCUAAGCAUGCACUCUGCCAGUUGAGCUAUACGCUCCCCCUCAACAGCUACGUAUUUGACUAGUGAUCUGUCCAGUCCUUAACCCUUUUUCCAUCUUGUGCAAGGGGAUCAAAAUAGCAAUUGACUCAGUUACAGCCCCCUGCUUAGUUCAGCACUUUGGGAACAGGAGAGACAUUCUGGAGUCCUUCAGUGUCCAUGUCACAGUUAAAUUACAGUGCUGUGUUUCUGUUUCAGGGUUUACCCUCAUGUAUUCACAUGGAUUCAUGUCUGAUUGAAUAUGACACUGUAUAAUGAUUAUUUGUCUUGAAUUUUUGCUGUCUCUUGGCAGAACUCUUAUUUUUUUUUUACCAAAACUCAAAAGAAGAAAACUUGCUAUACAUAAAAGUGUUGCAGUCCAUCCCUGUAGGUUGUGAAACAGGAUGACUGAUUGGGAUACAUGUGGGCUCUAACUCCUAAAAUAAUGUUCCUGCCACAAGCCCACCUAUAGAGGUAAGCAGUGAGUGCCCAGCCCCACCCCUGUGAUGGAGCUAAUUCCAACCCACUGGGACGUAGUGCAGUGUCACCCACACCGAUGCACUAGAGGUGCCACCUGGCCAGGAUCAGGUGUCUAGCUCAUUUGUUCUUUCAUUCAAUCAACUAGUAAAGACCUUCUAUGUCCAAGGUCAUAUUCUAAGUGGUAAAAGUACAGCAUAGACAAAAUAGGUAAAUCAGAUACUAAUGCAUCUAAAAAGAAUUCUUCAGUAGAGCAGGGUGGAGCAAAGAGGUUCUGGAUCAAACUUGGUCCAGCACAGUCUAGGGUCAAAGCUACAGAACUGAGGGCCUGGCUUCUGUGGCAGGCUUGGCACAUCAGGCUCACCAGGGCAAAAAGAAAGGUCCCUCUGAGCCAGCAUGGUCCCCUCUGUCUACCUUUGGGGUAUCAGGACCUAGAAUAUGCCCCUAAACCCCUCGGAACUGGUAUGUUCCUUGGGUGGGUGCAACCAUGGAACCUCUUCAGAAGGGACUGACACCCCCAGCCCUUCUUUUCCCUUUCUUGCAAAUUUUAUGCCUGAGUUGUUGUUUUUUAAUAAACUGACAUUUAAAUUAGAUCACAUUCUCUUAGCAGGCUGUUCAAAAUGUUUCUGGGCUGAUGGAAAAUGUAACUGUCAAGGAUUUAUUCAAUAAAUGAAACUUUAUUGCUCA